AUAAAGUUUCCUUUCAUUAUGUGUUGUUGAAUUCAUAAUAAUAAUUUGCUGCCAUUGUAGUAAGGUUGGCAAUACGAGAGGUCUUCGGACGUACCAUUUUUGUUUUAUUUUCUUUGAAUGUACAACUAGUGGGUUUUGAGUACUUCUCCCCUAUUUGGGAAGUUGGUCUGCCUGCUGCUCAGUCUGAGAGAGAUUUUCUGAGAACAGUGAACGUGUGGCUGUUACCGUCCUGUCAAUGCCUGUCAUCACUGUUUGAUAUCUUUUACUGCAGGUCAUUUCACAGGUCCAAUGGCAGCCACGGUGAAGUCUGAGCCGCUUGAGAGCAAUAUUUAUCCAGAAACGGAACACUGUCACUCGUUCUCCUUCAGUUGCUCAACUCAUAAAAUAACUAAAGAGGAAAUCACCUGCACCAAACCUGGAACAAUAUUGAGAGCACUUAAAACUAAUGACACAUUCAAGGAGUUAAACCAAAUGGACAAUAAGACACUGAAAGGGAAAGACAUUGUCAUCAAGAGUUAUAAGGGGUACAUAGUGAAGCACUUUCCAUGUUGGCUGAUCAAAGAGGAUGACCUUCUCACUAUUGAGAUGGUCACAUAUGCCACAGAUGAAACUGCAGGGGACACGGAUGAGGAAACAGACAAUUAUGUCACUUUCUCUAUUGAGACAACAGGAGGGAAAAACAGCAAAUCAAAACCAAUACUUAGAAACAAACAACUUCAGUCCUACCGACCUCUAUGUAUCUAUGCAAAACAGAAGGAGGAAGUGAAGAAGGCUCUACGAAAUGAUGGGCGCUUCUCUGACAUUGUGUUUGAACAAAAAUGUCAGCUCUCUGAGCGAUUAACAGGGAGCAAGGUUUCAAUGGGGCAAAUAGCAAAAAAACUUAAUGGUCGAAACUUUGAAAUCUGUCUGACAAAACGGAAGGAGGAAACGGAAACCAAGAUGGAAACAUCUGACUCCACAAUAAAAACCCUUGUAAACUCUGAAGGAGAUAGAACACAGAUGACUCCAUCGACGCUAACAACUGAAACAUCAGAUGUAGGGGAGUCCUCUUCGAGAAGAAAGCAGAAACGGAAAAGCAAUCCCAUGCCAGACCAUGGUGAAAUAUUGACGAUCCUUCGCAACCAGUUUGAUGAUCUGGUGAAGCAGAUGGAAAGUAGGAGGGAGGACAGCCAAAAGAAGACACUUCCUGAAGAGUUGGAUCUGAUGAAGCAGGAAUUCGGGAAAAUCAGACAGAAGUUCUCGGAGGUUCACAGAGUGAAGAAAUUGAUUAAACUUGGUGCCUCCGUUUGUCAGGUGAUUGUUGAGGGUGUUCAGGGUGUUCAGGGGACAGGCUUCGUGCUGUUUGAUAACUACAUCCUAACAAAUGGACAUUUGUUUGGUGAAAAUGUAAGAAAAAACAUGCAGCUGUUAGUUGACGUAUCUGUGAAGUUCAACUAUGAAAAUCCAAAUGGAUCCGAUGUGAACGUGAUCAAAGCAAAAACCCUGCUGAUCGACUUUCAACAUGGACUUCAGGGAAAACAUUACAUGGACUAUGCCAUACUGGAGAUGGAACCUCCGAAAAACAAGCAACAGAAAAAGGUCCCUCCUGGUCUCCUCCGUGAAUAUGGCCCAGUUCCAGCAUGCGGUGGGGCCUGCCUCAUUGGACACCCAGGUGGACUGGUGAAACAAAUGGACCCCACCUCCAUCAUUGGCAGUGAAAUAAGAGAGGAGGCUGCGAAUAAAUAUAAACGGGAAAAUGGACAUGCAAUCUUCACAAUAAAUGAUGCCGUUGAAGAAAACAAAAAGCGCCACGAGGACGUGAUGCAGGAGAACAAGGACGACUUUGUGACCUAUAACACCUCCUUCUUCCAUGGAUCUUCUGGCUCUCCAGUCUUCGAUGACCUUGGUCGAGUGUUUGGCAUGCAUACUGGUGGCUUUGACUAUAAGGAUAAGCGCACUCAGAGCACACAGAGUGUGUUAGAGUACGCCCUCCCUCUGUUCACCAUAUUACAGAACUUUGUCAUCCGUUUGAAGGAGGACAACAAUCAGGCAGUUUUGACAAGAGUUCAGGAAGAGGCACAGAAAAACCUCUUCCUGUUUGAGGCUCUUUUCAAAACGUGUGGUCAUGAGCCUAUGGAUAUGUCGUAGGAGAUUGUUGCAAAUACAGCUAAUACAAUGCCACCCAGUGGUUGUCCUGGGAACAACACAACAAUGCCACCCAGUGGUUGUCCUGGGAACAACACAACAAUUCCACCCAGUGGUUGUCCAGGGAACAACACAACAACGCCACCCAGUGGUUGACCUGGGAACAACACAACAAUGCCACCCAGUGGUUGACCUGGGAACAACACAACAAUGUCUAUUUAGAAUUCAGAGGUAGGCUGCAAAUACUGUAAUGUCAGUAUUUCUGUUCAACCAUUCCACUAGUGCCUUUUGGGCAUUGAUAGAUUACUUGUCCUAGGUCAAAGGUACAUGUUUUUUUAAUCAUUUGUAUUGUUUUAUCUCUCAUGCACCUUUGUUUUCUGUAAUUCUCAUCACCUGUUCCUUAUGAAGUACGCUGCAUUUCUGUGAAGCAUGGUUUCCUUUGAAAAAUAAACUUUGGUCUCAGUGGGCCUUCCCUGCAAAAAUAAACAUUUAAUAGAUUAAGACAUCUACCUAGAUCAGAUUGUAACAAUUUAAAUAUGGUUUUAUUUUGUUCUACAUUUUGAUCACUUGUCUUUGCUUUAACGUGUCUCAAAAUAUCAUGUGGAAUAAGAGUCAUGUUGAAUAGUCAUGGCUCACUACUUUUGUACUCUUCUGAGACGGUGACUUCCCAGUAACUUCAGGUCCUUUGUAGCUCAGUUGGUAGAGGAUGGUUAGAUUCCUGGGACCACCCAUACUUACAAAACAAUAUUUUAUGCAGUGUGACUGUAAGUCUCUUUGGAUAAAAGCGUCUGCUAAAUGGUAUAUUAUUAUAUUACUUCAUGGAUCCAUCAUUCUGCUUUCUUGGUUUUGACAAUGUAGCUUGUUAAAGUUAAUCAUGGAUACAAUGUGGUAACUAUUAUUACAUUGGAAUUCUGUAUCAUGUUGAAAUUGUUAUAACUCAUGAAAUGAAAACAACCAUGCAUAAAACUAGUGACAGACUAAUCAAUAAAUGUGACAAUUACA